AGGGCUGGAAGGGGGCGGGGCCACGCGCGCGGCGGAAGCCCAGGCGGCCUCAUUGCGCCCGCGCGGCCCGGCCCACUCGCCAGACCGCCAAUGGACUCGCGGAAUCCGCCCCUAGCGACGCAGGCCCCGCCUCCUGGAUACGCUCGGCGGCGGAGCUGCUGUCUGCGAAAACCAGGCGCUCGGGGGCCGAGGGUCGAGGUCUGGGCCUGGGGCCUGCGCGCGGCCGUCAUGAAGCUGACGCGACAGAUGGUCCUGUCCCGGGCCAAGGCCUCGGAGCUGCACAGCGUGCGGAAGCUCAACUGCUGGGGCAGCCGUCUCACAGAUAUCUCCAUAUGCCGGGAGAUGCCCAGCCUGGAGGUCAUCACGCUCAGCGUCAACAGCGUCUCAACCCUGGAACCCGUGAGCCGCUGCCGCCGCCUGAGCGAGCUGUACUUGAGGAGGAACCGCAUCCCCAGCCUGGACGAGCUCUUCUACCUGAAGGGGCUGCCGCACCUCAGGGUGCUGUGGCUGGCUGAGAACCCAUGCUGCGGCCCCAGCCCACACCUCUACCGCAUGACGGUGCUGCGCAACCUGCCGCACCUGCAGAGGCUGGACAACCAGGCGGUGACCGAGGAGGAGCUGACCCGCGCGCUGAUGGAGGGGGACGAGAUCACCGCCGCCCCGGACAGGGAGGGCCCAGGCCAGGGCCGUGGAGAGCUGCCCGACACACUGAGCUCCAUCGGCUCCGCUGCUGAGACCGACCGGGGCACGCUGAGCUGCGUGGACGAGGAGGCAGACUGCGUCCAGGGCCACCUCGGCUUGAAGAACCCUUCCGGAGACCGGUUUCCUUCCUUCUCACAGAGGGACACCAUGAGCAGUCACCAGAACAGGAAUGUGCUGACGGCCGUGCUGCUGCUGCUGCAGGAGCUGGACACGGAGGGGCUGGAGGCCGUGCAGCAAGCCGUGGGCAGCCAGCUGCAGGCACUGCACAGGCGGGAGCUGCAGGAGGACACAGAGUGACCCGGGCCCAGGGCACCCUGCCACUGGAUCCUGCCUGUCCCACGGAGCUGGGUCCGCACCAGACAAGGGCAGGGCAGGCAUCACAUGCCAGCAGGCAGACUUGGCUCCCGUGCCAGGGCUGGUAGAGAUGCCCACCCAUCCCAGGACCAUCCCCAGACUAUAUUGCGGAGGUCAUGGGGGUCUAGGCUUCGCCUGCUGCCCUCCCCAUAAAGACUUCCUGGUGACCGGAAGCACACGGCGUGGUGGCAGGUGCAGCCUCGUCAUGCUCUUCGGGUUGGUGCCACUUCGCAGCUUCUGAGGAGCAAUUCUGCCAUUUGGUCCUUGGUGGUCAGGGAGCUCUGUCAUCAGGGGGCCCUCCAGAGCGACAGCGACCCUCCUGUCGCCGCAGCUGGCACCAUGGCCACAUCCAGGAAGGACGGUGUCUUCUCAGCAGGCCCGGGCAGGAUUCCCUUCUUUAAGGGAUGCUGCAGCAGUCGGGAGGGCGAGCUGAGCCUGCGUGAGGCCCGUGGGCACCCUUGCCUGCCAGCCUGGGGACAGGUGCAUCCACGGGUGGGGGCGGUCUUGCCAGGAUGCUAGUGCUGCAGCCCGGGGGCAUCCUGGGGCCCCAGGGAGUGACCUCCUGCCAGUGGACAGUGCUGACCCGAGAGGACGUGCACGUCCUUCUGCCGUCUCCUCUUGGGGUCAGGGCCGUCUCUGAGGCAUCCACGUCCAUGCUGCUGAGAGCACGUCUGGUCACAGGACAGCUGCACAGGCCAGUGAGCCUGCCACGGUGACAGCAUCUGGAAGGCACCCUGCCUGAAGGCCAGGGACAUGCAGAUGGUCACUCUGGUGCCUGGUGACAAGGCUGUGCCCUGAUGGCAGCUGUUUCAGGCUCGGCGGAGGGCUCUGCACUGGACUUGGGUACAACUAGGGCCGGGGGUGGUGGUGGUCUGGCCAGGUUCCCUUGCACGUUCUUCAGGACCGGUGUGACCUCAGGGUGGGAAGCAAGGGGCCGCAGUGCGGGACAUCUCGGGUGGACGGUCCCAGGCCUAUGUCUGCCUCCUCGGUCACUCGGGUGAAUAAAGUGCUGUCUACUGGGCAGGUGGGGUGAUUG